ACGACACUUAUAAUGCAAAUUGAUUUGAAUUAAUUUUGCUUUCAAAAUCUUUUAAUUAAAUUGAUACUUUGUACUGUAUUUACAACGGAUGGCCAAAAUGUAUACUCCUUGUCAUCAGUUAAUCAUUGUUUCGGUACUAUAAUCAAGCCAUUGUUCAAUAAAAUUAUGUAAAAUAUGUCGCUUUUUUCUUUUUCUAAAAAAGAUGAUAAAAAUAUGUGCGCAUGCUGCUAACAUUUUGCUUAUUGGACUAUUUCAUACAAUGUAGUACUUACCAAUACGACAUUCAUAAUGCUAAUUGAUUACAUUACAGUACUUAAUUACUAUUAAUGUACUACUAUUAUAAUUAGCCUACGCUGCAGAACAUGUGACCACGUGGCAUUAGAUAUUAUAAAUACGUAGCACCGUAUUUCUAGAUUUUUCCUUUGUCGAACGGAAUUUCACUGUGUACAUACUACUAACUAGCUUAUGCUGAACUGUGCUGAACAACGUGUGUCACGUGUGUGCUGAGCAGCCAAGUGUAGUGUUGCCUUUACCAGCCAUGCGCUGGCCGCGCUGUCCAUGGAGGGGACUAGCUCCCAGUGAUAUCGUUGAGGCGCCAAUUUGAACCACCGAGUGCAGAAGAAACUGCACCCGCUGGUGGAGAGAGAAUGCCGCGGGUGCUGUUCCUUCUGCACUCGAUGGCUGCAAAUUGGCGCCUCAACGGCAUUACUGCUAGCUCCCCUCCAUGGACAGCGCGGCCGGCGCAUGGCUGGUAAAGGCAACACUACAUUGGCUGCUCAGCACACACGUUGUUCAGCAUAGGCUACUUAUGGCUCUGGCAGACCAGCGCGAUUUGCGACACGCGACGCGCGAUUAUCCAAUAGGCGUUUACAAUUUUUUGAAAAGACGUACGCCUAUUGGAUAAUCGCACGUCGCGUGUCGCAAAUCGCGCUGAUCUGCCAGAGCCAUUAGUAGUACACAGUGAAAUUCCGUUCGACAAAGGAAAAGUCUAGAAAUACGUUUCCACGUAUUUAUAAUUAAUUAGCAUUAUGAGUGUCAUAGAAAAAGUACAGAAAAAUGACAAAUUUUACAUAGUUUUACUGAAGGAUGGCUUAGUUACAGUACCGAAACAAUGGUUAACAAAUGACAAGAAAUAUACAUAUUGGCCAUCUGAUAUAAACAUAGCACAACGUAUGAAUUUAAUUAAAUCUUGUGCCGAAGUAAACUUAGAAUGGGAAAAAUACGAGAUAGAAUGUAGAUAUGGAACAGCAGAAGCAUUAUACCUCCUCAUCGUGAUAAUCUUUAUACAUUGGUCUGGGACACCCUGUAUAUAAAAUUAUAAUACGUAACUUACAUAAAAUGCUUUUCGUAAGUGAUUAUAUUUCAUAUAUGAUU